GGAGAAGAUAUUUGGUUUUUAACAGAUAACGAUGAACUUUAUCAUUGGAGCCCAAUCAUAAAACAUUUAAUAUAUAAGGAUUCCAAUGUUUUAGAUUUUGCUGUUGGAUCAGAUGGAACAGUUGUUCUUAUUAAAAAAGAUAAUGAAGUAUAUAUCAGAACUAUUCAUGCUAAUAAAUGGUAAAACAUUUUUUACAAUAUCAAGUUUGGAAAGUAGAAUUAGUGAUGGACAAUUUAAACAUCAAAAAAUUUCCAUUUGUGAUUACAAUAUGAUCUUUACUACUGAUUCUGAAAACCAUUUCAUUAAAGGUAUUUAUGAUAUUAAAACUGAUAGAUAUGAUUGGAUAUGCGUUGAUUGUAAAAAUGAUUAUUAUCAAAUUUCUUGCGCUCCUCAUGAUUAUUCAUUGUGGAUCAGAGGUGAUGGUGAUUACAUUUACAGAUAUAUAUCUAAUAAUAAACAUAUUGUUAGAUCGGAAGCUCUAUUUAAGUAUAUCAAAGCUCUUUCUGACCAACACGCUAUUGGAAUAGAUAAUACUAAUGAUUUAUGGGAAUAUAAAGAUGGUAAUUGGCAAUGGAAAAAUAAGAACGUUAAAAGUGCAUCCAUUAAUUAUGCUGGUGGAGAAAUUUUUAUCAUUUAUUAUUGAUAAUACAUCUUUGUAUUUUUAUACAAAUUAUUAUCAAAUUAUUAUUAUUUAAUAAUUAUAGUUACUUGAUGGGAGAAUAGAGAAGACCCAUCCAAUAAGUUCAUUCAUUCAGCGGUGACCAAUAGGGAAUUAAUGCUACUAAUAUUGAUUUCAAUAUUGAACGUCUCAUAAAAAUAUCGGUAUUUAAAUUCUGCCUAUUUCUAAUCGACUGAACAAUAACAUUAUUAUCAGUUGUACAUAAAAUUUCUUAUAAUAAAUAAAUAAAGUUGAUUCGAG